GAUGAUAAACUUAAGAAGUUAAAAACCACAAAAAGUCACGAUGGGUUUAAUGCUAUCUAUAUUAGUUUUCUGUGUUGGUGUGGUGGAGAUUUUAGACUGCUGGGACCAUUUUCUCGUUCAUUUGGUCCAACCUCACUACAACCCUCUCCCCAAAAAUUCCGAUCACAAGCCGGAAUCGAGCGACCACGAUCUUCAACAGUCAUCAUCCGAAUCGAGAAGACCUUCCCACGAUAUUUGCUGGCCCAAAGACCUUUCCCCUGACGACGAUCUUCAUGUGAUCAAGAAGCGAUCCCACGACGUCGACCAAGAGUCCCAUCGCGUAAAGAAGGAGAGUUCUCACACAAUACCGUUGAAACAUGUCGAUGGUGCGACGCCAGACACUGUUGUGCUUCGCCCUGAAUCACCCCAGUGCGACUCGCCCAUCAGUCCUUGCCUCUCUAGAGAGACCAGCCCGAACAGACUAGAACUCGGAGUGAUUGUGGAAAGUGACUCUUCUUCCGAACUGGAUGAACCAUCUCAAAUCGAAAACAUAAACUAUAGAAAAUUAAAAGAUGAAUACGCUGAAGGAGGUGUUAAUGGUGUAGGAGGUAGCAUAUCACGGCCAAAAACUCCACAUGCUAUGUUACUUGCGGGAGAAAGCGAAGACAAUGAAAUGGGACUCGACUCGGAAACAUCGUUUCCUGGACUUCCGGUAUUUACUGAUACCAUACUGUCUCACGAUGCUAGACGCGUUGACGUCUACCAUUCAACUUGUACAGGAAAUGUAGACUUGUCAUCAUCAUUGAGAGAUGUUCAAGCUUUUGAUGAUUUCAACCUUGAGGAUUGUGAUGAUGUUGAGAUUAGCAAUGCUUUAGACGAACAAAACGCCGAAGGAGAGAGAAGUGAUUGUGUUCAGCCGAUUUCAUUACUACUUGAUGAAGGUUUGGAGCCCAUCUCGGAGUAUCCCGAGAUCAAAGUGCACGACAGCUCCCCGGUCCCUGACGACGACUCAGACACUUCGUUGAACACAAGUGACGCGUCUUGGCUGGUGAGGAGUAAAACAUCUGAUCGUCCUCUGGUCAUCAGGUUCCACAGUUCCCCGGAAAAGAUUGAACAAGAUUUCCAGUCUGUGGUCCAGACGGACUUACACGCGUUGGGUGAACAAAGAUCUCUUGAUAAGGGGUUGCCAUCCUUGGAAAAAGCUGAGUCAUUAGAUGUAUAUUAUGAUGCCCAAGAAAAUCAAAAUAAUGGUCAGGCAUCUCAGCAAAACAGUCAAGAAUGUAUUGAAAACGUCAGUGAGAUUCCUAACGAAGUAGAUUCUAAUCCAACGGCCAACUACAUGCUAAUCGAAAAUUCAUCCUCUUCAAGCUUGAGUGGUAUUCCGCCUCUUCCAGAAGAUACUUACGAAUCUUUGACACAUUCUUGCCUGGCAACUGAUAAUGGGUUUUCUCUUUCAAACGAUUCUGCGUCCAUUGACCUCUCAUACACGCAAAGUGACAAGUCUCCUUCAUUUUAUUUGACCAGUGAUGAUAGUGAUAUAAGUAGAUUUAUUCAAUCCCAGCAAUCUUCCGAUUUAGAUUAUAAUAGUUUAAGACCAACCGUGGGGACUGAAUCAUACAAUGUUAGUAGUGCUGAAGAUAAAAAUAUAUCUCAUGUGCCUUCUGUUGAAGCAAUAAAUCUUUCGGACGCUGACAAACAGAAAGCUUCGUUACAAAACGCCAUGAAAUACGAAUACGAAGAAAUCGUUCCUCAAGGAAGGUCUUUAUUAGAAGAUGAUAAGGCAAAAACCGAAACACCUAUAUUAGAAAACGUUGUGUUGGUCCAGAAGGAAAUUGAAAAACGAUCAAGUGAAGAAGCGACUUGCAAAGGGGAAGUCAAAACAGACGAUAUUAGUAAAAAUACAUACGCCACAAGUAAGCAAGAAAUUGAAUCAAAAGAAACAAAACUUAGUGUUACACCAAAGCAACCACAGGCAAAGAAUAUCCCUAGCAGUGAUAGCAAUACAAGUGACAAAAACUUAGUUUUAGAUAAAACCCAGGCCUCUUCUGGCUCUGCAGCUCCCUCAACUUCCAAAUCAAACAUUCCCUCUAACGACCAAGAAACAGCUUCGACAGUUGAGCCUUCGAAAAAAGUAUUGCCUCAGCCAAAAGACAAACCCUUAACGAAAGAAAAAUCGAAAACGUCUUCGAACACUUCCUCGAACGACAACAAUAACACUGCUGUGCCAAGUACGGGAGCAAUCCCUCACGACGAUAAGGAAAAAGACAGUUUAUCUAAAACCUCAUCUGUAAAGACUGAACCAGAAUUGAAAACUAACGUUAUCAUAGCUGAAAAACCAGUGACAGUGACAGCUGGCCCUUCAAAACCUCGUGAUGAAGCCAAGCCUUCCACGUCGAAAGAAGAAGAUAAAGCGUUUUGGUUGAUUUUCAGCGGCGAGUACACCAAGGCGAUGAACAAGGACUGGCACAGCGGCCACUUCUGCUGUUGGCAGUGCGAUGAGAGUCUCACUGGACAACGCUACGUGCUGAGGGAUGAACACCCUUACUGCGUCAAGUGCUACGAGAGCGUGUUCGCCAACGGCUGUGAGGAAUGCAACAAGAUUAUCGGCAUCGACUCUAAGGAUCUGUCGUACAAGGACAAGCACUGGCACGAGGCGUGUUUCCUGUGCAACAAGUGCCGCGUCUCUCUGGUGGACAAGCAGUUCGGCUCCAAGCUGGAGAAGAUAUUCUGCGGAAACUGCUACGACCAGCAGUUCGCCUCCCGCUGCGACGGCUGUGGCCAGAUCUUCAAAGCUGGCACCAAGAAGAUGGAGUACAAGACGAGGCAAUGGCACGAGCCUUGCUUCUCUUGCUGCGUGUGCAAGUCGCCCAUCGGGACCAAGAGCUUCAUCCCACGGGAACAGGAGAUCUACUGCGCCAACUGCUACGAGGAGAAGUUCGCCACUCGUUGUGUCAAGUGCAAUAAGAUCAUCACAAGUGGUGGAGUGACAUACAAGAACGAGCCUUGGCAUAGAGAGUGCUUCACCUGCACUCACUGCAACACAUCGUUGGCCGGACAACGCUUCACUUCACGCGACGAGAAGCCUUACUGCGCCGAGUGCUUCGGCGAGCUCUUUGCUAAGAGAUGCACCGCAUGCAGCAAACCCAUAACUGGUAUUGGUGGCACCCGAUUCAUCUCUUUUGAAGACCGCCACUGGCACAAUGACUGCUUCAUCUGCGCAUCGUGCAAGACUACGCUCGUAGGACGAGGCUUCAUCACCGACGGUGACGACAUUAUUUGCCCAGAGUGCGCCAAGCAGAAGCUCAUGUAAACACCAACUCACCACACAUUCAUCUGUGAUUCGACUAUCGCCAUCGUACGUGCCGUGCUCUCUUCUUAUUCACACAGUCUAACACGCCUUAAGGUGCAAUACGCAAUACGGACUUCGGUAGUUGACACAUGGAAGUAUAGCCUCGCAAUCUUGGAUCGGACGAACCCUUGCGUUUAUCUGCUCCACGAUUGCGACCGCUAGCCAACGUGUAUAGGGUAUUAUAAAUUAGUGUACAUAAAAUAUGCUUUUGUCUUCCUUGCUUACGUGCUGUGUAUACGUUAUUUUUAACAUUUAGGUUUGACGUUUGCCAUGCCGAUAGAGCUUAGAACAAAUUAGUUGAGAUUUAGAUUCAAUAUUUUAGUCAAAAGAUAACUUUUAACAGAUCGUAAUUAAAGAUUAGUUUGGGAGCAGUACUCUAAUGGAUACGGAUAUACAUUCGCUUACUAACGCUUACUGAGUCAGAUAGGUAAGUAGUAUGGCCUUAUCGGCUUGAUGCCUACUUUUAGUGUCUUUGUAGCUAAGAUAGGAUCAAACUAUUUUUAUAAGCUGACGUACCACAAUGACAAGUACCGGCUUGACUCACUUUUUCAUUAAAGUGGGAGUAUUUUAAUGUAACGUAACUUAUGAUCAAAAUACACGUACGUUAACUAAUUAACUUAAGCCUAUUGUAUAGUAAGUGGUGGCCUUAAAUUAUCGGAACAACUUAGCAUAAGAUCAGGUGAAUGAAUCGAACAAAAAUCGGGUGCAUAUUAAAAAAAAUAGUAGACUAAUAUGAGCUAUAUCAUAUCAUAUAUCACGUAAUAGAUAUUUUAUUAAUGUCAUAUCCUUAGAACAAUCUCGUUGUAUUGUUUUUCAAACAAAUAUACCAUCUCGAGAAUUAUUUUUAGGUUUGUAAUGGUGCUAUUUAUUUUAACUCUUUCAGUUGGUUUUAAUAUAUAUUAAUAGUUAUUCGAUCGUUAAAACUUAUGUCUACUGUUAUAUAAAUGUAUCGGUUGAAAGAAUAGUUUAUAUGAAUGUCAAUAAAUAAUGUGAUUUACAACAAUGGUCGAAGUAUUUAUUUGUAUAAAUUAUUAUAACCAAACUAAUGACCAUGGAUUGUUAAUGUUUUAUUAUAUUUUAGUGAUGGAACUUUGUUAAUAUUUUAACACACAGCGCAAGUUGAGGGGAGGGCAGUGGCGGCUACAAGCACCAUUACAGCUGCAAGAACACAUUCCACUGCCCUCCUGGGGUAAUUUUGCUUUUUGUACAAUGUUUAAAAACUAAAUAAAGUUUGGAAAAUUU